AUGCGACUUUUCCAGAGCGGCGGUCUAUUGUCUGGAGGUUCCGCCCUCUCUUCAUUAAUCGCAUUUCUUCUGUGCAUCUCGACAGUCGCCAGCGCUGCGCAUGUACCCAAUGGCCAUGCCAAAUUCCAUCACAGGGUCGAAUCAAGAGGAGAGAAGUUGGACACAGUAGCAAGGCAGGCCACGCAGCAUGUACAGUCUGGAUUCAAGACGGUCGGAUACUAUGUUAGCUGGGCCAUCUAUGGUCGAAACUGGCCAGUCACCAACCUGCAAUCGUCCGAACUCACCCACGUCCUCUACGCAUUCGCAGGCAUCGACAACAAGACCGGCGACGCAUCCCUCACCGACACAUUCGCCGACGUCGAGAAGAAAUACCCAGGCGAUGUCGAUCCCCCAAACAACAAGACGACCAACCUCUACGGCAACCUCAAACAGCUCUACCUCCAAAAGAAAGCCAACCGCAACAUGAAGACACUCCUCUCAUUCGGUGGCUGGAACCUCCGUACAUACUUCGCCCCUGCCCUGAAGAACCUCUCCGGACGACAGAACUUCGCGCGGACGAGCGUGCAGCUCCUCAAAGACCUCGGAUUCGACGGUCUAGACAUCGACUGGGAGUACCCCAACUCGACCUCCGAAGCCGCCGCCCUCGUCGACACCUGCCGCCUCUUCCGCGAAGAACUCGACAACUACGCCCGCAACCUCACGGGCCACCCGCACUUCCUCCUUACGCUCGCCGUCCCCGCGGGCCCCGAUCACUUCCAAUACUUCGACAUGCCGGGCCUCCUCCCCUACGUCGACUUCAUCAACCUCAUGGGCUACGACUACGCGGGCUCCUUCUCCAACUACUCGGGCCACAUGAGCAACCUGUACAAAUCCCAGCGCAACCCGCGCUCCACCGAGUUCGACACCCAGACCGCUGUCGAUUAUUACUUGGGCUCCGGCUGGCCGAAGGAGAAACUGAACCUGGGCAUGCCGCUCUACGGCCGCGCCUUCGCUAAUACCCUCGGUCCCGGUACCAACUUCACCGCGAGCACCGUCGGCAGCUGGGAACCGGGUGUCUGGGACUACAAAGUCCUCCCGCAAGCCCUCAACGGCUCGCAGACCUUCUACGACGACCAGGUCGUCGCCUCGUGGGCGUACAACAACCGCACGCGGUACAUGGUCUCCUACGACGAGCCGGUCAUCGCGGCGAAGAAGGCCGAGUAUAUCGAGCACAAUGGGUUGGGAGGCGCGAUGUGGUGGGAGACGAGUGGGGAUGCGCCCGUGAAUAGUUCGAGGAGUUUGAUUCGGACGGUUGUGGAUGCUUUUGAGGGGUGUGGGGUGGGGGUUGAGUAUUGUCAGAAUUGGUUGGAGUAUCCGGGGAGUAGGUAUGCGAAUUUGAGGGCGGGGAUGGAGGGGGAGUAG